UUCAGGCAAGAAUUCACACCAGCCUUGAGCAGAACCUGCAGUAUGGCUGGUUGGCUUAUAUGUUGGGAGAAAGAACUACAAAGAGGUUCACUAAGUACAGCAAAGUCUUUACAGUGGAGGGAAAUUUGUCGUCUGGGAAGGGCAAGCUGGCAGAGCAAAUAGCAGAAAAACUGGGGAUGAAAUACUUCCCAGAAGCAGGCAUCCAUUACCUGGACAGGAUCACAGGGGAUGGAAAGCUGUUGCCUGAGAAAUUCAAUGGCUUCUGUAACCUGGAGAGGUUCUACACAGACCCGAUGUGUUCUGAUGGGCACUCGUACCGCCUGCAGGCCUGGCUCUUCGGGAACCGCGUCCUGCAGUACGCCGACGCCCUGGAGCACCUGCUCAGCACAGGUCAAGGAGUGGUGUUGGAACGUUCUCCCUACAGCGACUUCGUGUUUCUGGAUGCAAUGUUCAAACAGGGAUAUGUCCACAAGCGAUGCCUUGAUCACUACAAGGAGAUCAAAGAGAUCAGCAUUUGUGAAUUCUUGCCACCUCAUUUGGUCAUUUAUCUAGAUGUCCCUGUCCCAGAGGUGCAGAAGAGGAUUCAAGAGAAGGGCAAGCCAUAUGAGAAAAAGGUGUCUCCUUCGUAUCUCCAGAACAUUGAGGAUGCUUACAAGAAAACCUUCCUUCCAGAAAUCAGUGAGACCAGCGAAGUUCUGCAGUACACAGCAGCUGAGGCCGAGGAUGUGGAGAGGGUCAUCGAAGAUGUCGAGUACCUGAAGUUUGACAAGGGGCCAUGGCUGGAGCAGGAUGAUGUUUCUUUCCAUCAUUUGAGACUUUAG